UCUGCCUCUGUCAAUAUGCCAUACUUAAAGAGCAUAAUACAAAGUAUUUUAGCAUGAAAGCAGUAUUUUUCAAUGUGUGACAGCGUCAUGUAUCAUAACUAAAUCUCUGCCGCUUAUAACAACUCAAACCGUGUGAAAAUCCGGUAAAAAUUAGAGGAGUUAUGAUUAUUCCUCAUUAGAAAUGAAUGCAAGGGAGCGCACUGGAGACCCAUCCAAGAUGGCGGCCGCGCGAUACGUCAGCUCCAAUAGGCAGCUCAGUCUACGAGGUGUCUAUAAUGUCCAUGGUCUGUAGCUGCAGGCUCCGAGUCUGCUUCAAACUGUUUCACACAGUUUGAACUCCAUAGUGCUUUGGGCACUAGGGUGCAGUGUUGGACUCGUGUUUAAAGAGAUAACAAAACCCAGAAGAGUGAGGUCGAGUGCUUUCGGGAGUUUUCCCUCUUUUUCCGUCUUCAUUCGAAGAAGAACUGGAGGAGGACGAGGAAUGAUAGCAAAAAGAGAUAAAUGUCAUCCCUCGAUUGUACUGCAUGCAACUCCGUCACAAGUUUUCCAACAUCACUUCAGCCACUGAUCCAGCAAAAUUUGAUUUCAGGAACUUCACCGAGGAUCUCUCAGCAUUGAUGAGGUGUCCACCAAUGUCCAAUAUUACCCAGAAAGAACUAAACAGAGCAAGACUGCGCGCCUGUUGUAAUGCAUCAGGUAUUUUAUACUACACAAAGCAGAACACAGCUGUCAAUCAGAAUAUUACAUAUGAGACGAGCUCAAAGCGAAGCUAUCAAAUAAAUAAGGAUUUGUACAACAUGUUUCCUGAGGAUUUUCCAUGGAGUAGACGUCCUCUCAGUAACUGUGCUGUGGUUGGGAGUGGAGGGAUUCUGAAGAACAGUAGCUGUGGAAAGGAGAUCGACACUGCAGACUUUGUUAUCAGGUUUAACAUGGCUCCCAUUAAUGACAGUGAUGUUGGUCUAAAGACUGAUUUAGUUACCAUUAAUCCCACUCAGCUCUUACGCUACAACAAUUUAUUGUCUAAUCCAGGUCCAUUAGUGGAGCGUGUGAGCGUCUAUGGUAACUCUUUACUGAUCAUUUCAGCGUUUGCAUUUUCAGCCUACACUCCGAUAUCCGUCAAUACGUUUAAAGUGCUCCAGCCAAUCAGACCUCAACAACAGAUGGUCUUCUUUUCCUCCAGUUACAUGAAGAACCUGGGUGGUUUCUGGAAGAGGCAGGGCCUGAAACCCUUUCGCCUCUCCAGCGGUUUCAUGUUAAUUAAUGUGGCACUAGAGCUGUGUGAUCACGUGCACGUUUAUGGAUUCUGGCCAUUUGACACUAAUCUGGAGCAGCAAGAACUUACACAUCACUAUUUUGACAAUGUAGGACCCAAUUAUGGCUUUCACGCAAUGCCAAAAGAGUUUCUCAACUUGCUGAAGCUCCACUGCCAGGGGGCGCUAACACUGCACCUACAGCCCUGCUUAUAACAGAGGUUCUUAUAUUAGUGACUUGAAUGUACUGUAUUAUUUAAUGGUUGGUUGACGAGGAGGGAGGCUGUGAAUGUUUUCUUACCUUUGGUCUGCUCUUUAGUACAUAAAGCUAUUUAAAUAUAUUCUAUUUUGAAUUGUGAACUUAAACAAUUAACUCCUAUAUAUUUAAAUAAAUACAUUUGGGUUAUCUUCCUUUGUGGAGUUUAUACUUCAUUCUGGGUUAAUAAUGAUUCCUGUGUGUUUAGAGUUUAUUGUUUCAUGCUGUAUUUAAAAACAUAAUUAUUUGCUUAUUUAUGAGAUCGCAAGCACUGAUUGGCUGAUUUCUGUUUGCAUAAUUAUUAAGUUUUUUAUUUAAAAGGUUACUUUGAUUUGUGUGAAUGUUACUGCAAGUGUUUCACUCAUUUUCCUCAAACGGUAAAUAUAAAUCCUAUUCUGUGUCUCAUCAGUGACAUUAAAACGCCUCACACUGUGAAUGUGAAUGUACUUAUUGUUAUACUAAGCUUAACUGUUAAAAACUGCAAUCAAGUUUGUGUAAGUUUGCUGGCACAGUCAAUCCCCGUACUUCCCUAUAUGUGAAGAAUGCAAGGUGCGUAGGAUCCCUAAACCAUCAGCUUGCUUUAAAAGAUGGUUUAUUUUCUGUCUGAACUGGAAGAGGGUGUGACCGACUUAAGUAUUGUGAUGUGGAAUAAUAAUAAAUAAAAUUU